AUGCAAACAGCCCUCGUGUGCCUGUGCCUGCUCAGCACGGUUCUCUCCACUCCUGUGCCACAGCCGCUGCCUGGAAGAGCUACUGGGAACUGCAUGGGACAGCACCGGAUACUGCUGAAAGGCUGCAAUGCCAAGCAUGGCUUCUACUUUUUCAAAUACAUCUACGUAUCUUCAACACAGAGCAACCAGACGCAGAUAAAGGUGAGGAGCCACAGCACCGUCCCCAGCCACCGGCUGGAUGAGGACAAUGACAGGCUGGGACCGACAGAGGAUGGGGUGGCCCCAGGGCAAGAUGACGACACUGAUGUGACAGAGAGUGGGACCAGCCUCAAGCCUGAAAACCGCAGCACCCUAGACAUUGGUGAGGAUGCUCAGGGUGCUCACCCCGGCGCUGGCACUCGAGCACCUGGUGGUGUCGGUGUGGCAGUUCCCACCCUGGCCAGCUCGGAGGGCAGUGGAGACCUGGAUUUGGUGGUUGAAGUUGAUGGUGAUGUUUCCAUUCUGCCCCAUGGCAGACGCCCUGGUGAGGCUGUGGUGGUGAACAGGUCCAGUGUCAGGAGUGAGGAUAGGGAUGAUGGUGCCCCUGGGGGGGCUUUAGUAGAGGGGGCAAUGACAUCUGGGAGAGAGAGGGCCCCUGCCACUGGAGUGGAUGGGGAUGAGGGCAGUGGCAAGGCCACCAUCUCUGGCCAAGGGCAGGAGGGCAUCAUGUGGGGCACAGGGACAAGAGGCACCACUCUCGUCACUGAGAAGAUGGAGGACAUCCAAGUUAACACCGAAGGUGUGCGUGAAUACACUUACAUCCCUGACUCGAGCAGUGUCACUGUCACCAGCGGGAAGGUCGGCAGCACAGCAAGGGCCACCAGCUUCACCCAAAUCUCUCCGGACAAGGACGGUGAGGUCAACAUCUUAAUUGGGAGGGCCAAUAUCCACUUAGGGGAGCAAGAAACCACCCAGGCUGGUGCUACUGUUGGCAGCAAAGAUGAUGGCAUCCCCACUGUGGGAACCAGCAGCCCCCUGCCCAGGCUGGGUGUCACUGUGGCACGCGAUGGCAGUGACAAUGAAGGCAUCCCUGCUCGCAGGCCACCUGAGGGACUGGCCACCACAGCCACCCCAAGCCAUGGGGAUAGCGUCACCAGCAGCUCUAGGGAUGGCCAUCCCACAGGAGACAAUGAGGAUGGUGCCACCACCAUUGGUGAUGGAGAAGGACCGGUGGCCCCCGGCCCCUGGAGGGUCACUGAUGGUGACAUUACCAUCACUGCUGAGACUGGCAUCCAUGGGAACGGUGAUGGUGGGGUGAAAGGUGAGGGGCAGAGGUUUGAGGAGAUGCCAGGACGCCCAGCUGUCACCACCACCAAUGGCCAGGGAA